CUCCGCGGGCUCACCGUCAAGUAGUCCCCGAUUGAUGCUUUUGUUUGUUGGUGAAGCAGACCGCGACGCCAAUUCCUGCCUUUCCACCUACGUAAACACAUACGCCAUUCAAGGCGGAUGGGCGAGCGACCAUUGGCCACUUGUGCACUUUGUCCAAACGGCGAAGCCGGAGCACGGGAGGGGAAAGGGAGGCAUCGGGCGGCGGAUGAGCAUUUCCCAAUUGCGAGUGAGCUGCGCUCCGCGGCGCGGCUCGGCUCGGCUCGCCGGCUGCUUCCAUUUGUGCUCCACGCCGCCGCCACCGCCACCGCCGCCUCUUCACUUCAUUCUACUCAAUCAAUUGGUGGAACUAGAGGCUCAUUUGGGUGGGAAAUUUGUCUUUCUCUUGCCACACUGAGGGGAGAUUGUCGACGCCACCUCGAGAACGGCCAAGGCACAUCGAAGUUUCGAGCUCGGCAGAGGAACGAGACAGGCAGGCAGGGUCGGCGGCGGCGGCGGCGGCAGCAUGCCCUCGGCGAUGGAGCGCCCCGGGGCCGGCGUGUUGUCCAGGAGCCGAGCCAAGACGGUAACCAACGGCAACAGCCAACCGCAUUCCGAGGAGGAGAGCAGCGACGAGGAGCACGCUCACGACAGCAUGAUCCGCGUGGGAGGAGACUACCAGGCCCCGAUCCCAGAGUUCAAAGCAGACGGCCCGGCCCGUGACGACGAGAAGGAGCAGAAGAGCAUGCUGGUGUGGCGUCCCGACGCCCGGCUGUCGGACGCAACGUUGGACGAGUACAUCGCCAUGGCCAAAGAGAAGCACGGCUACAACAUGGAACAGGCCCUGGGCAUGCUGCUGUGGCACAAGCACGACGUGGAGCGCUCGCUGGCCGACCUGGCCAACUUCACGCCCUUCCCGGACGAGUGGACGGUGGAGGACAAAGUGCUGUUCGAGCAGGCCUUUGGCUUCCACGGCAAGAGCUUCCACCGCAUCCAGCAGAUGCUCCCCGACAAGCUGAUCUCCAGUCUGGUCAAGUACUACUACGGCUGGAAGAAGACGCGGAGCAGAACCUCCGUCAUGGACCGGCAGGCCAGGAGGCUGGUCAGCAAGAGGGAGAGAGAAGACAGCAACGACGAGCUGGAGGAAGGAGAUCCCGGCAGCGACUGCGACUUUGAGCUGGAUGCCAAGAAAGAGGCGGCCGCACAGAAUGCGGGCGCCGCCGUCUCGGACAAGGCGCUUCCCGGCCGCCCGGGCCCCGCCAAGAAGGAGAACGCUGGGGCGCAGUACCGCCACCACCCGCUGCGAGCGCGUCGCCGCCCGCCAAAGGGCAUGCACCUGGAACGGGCCGACAUCACCUCGCUGUCAGCCUCGCGCGACUCGGGCCCGCUGACCGUCAGGCAGCUGGACGCCCGGCUGGUGUCGCUCAAGCGACAGGUCCAAAGUAUCAAACAGAGCAACGGCGCUCUGAAGCUGAGCCUGAGCGGGGGUGUCGACGCGUUCAGGCCCGCUGAGCCCGCCCCCAAGAUGAACGCUCGCUGGACUACGGAGGAGCAGCUGCUGGCGGUGCAAGCCAUCCGCCGUUACGGCAAAGACUUCACCGCCAUCGGCGAGGUGAUCGGAAACAAGACAUCGGCUCAGGUGAGCUCCUUCUUCGUGAGCUACCGCCGCAGGUUCAACCUGGACGAGGUGCUGAGGGAGUGGGUCGCCGAGCAGGCGCUGGCCCGGGACCCGAGAAGGGUCGGCGUGGAGACGGCCGCCGCCGCCGCGCAACGGGGAGCCGAGGACCAGGUCAAGAUGGAGGAGUCUCCUCCGGAGGCGGCCGAGGGCUCCUCGCCGCCCUGCUCGGGCCAAACCCCCUCGUCCCUGUCCCAGCCUCCCCCGCUGCUGCGCCCGGCGCCGCCCUCGGCGCCGCCCAGCCUCCUGCGCCAACCCCCGCCGCUGCAGACCCGCCCGCUGCAGAACCGGGCCCCUCACAACCACCCGCCGCCACCCCUCAUUCGGCCAGCUGGCGCCACAGGCUCCUCCGGAAGCUCCUCGCCCUCCGCCGCCAUGCAGAUCCUGCCGCCGUCGCUGCUGGGGAUCAAGGUGGAGCGGGCCAACUCGCACUAACAGAAGAAACGCACACUCGGCUCCUUAAGGUUGCGGCAAAUUGAACGCUGGAGCGGGAAAUCAUCCAAAUUGGAAACUUUCCAUGGGCGGGGAUGAGAAUGGGAGAGCUUUCAUAUUCAAGCACGCCGCUUUUCUUUUCACACACCGCAAGUGAAUGCCUUCUCAUUAGUUGUGUUCUUGUGCGUUUAAAUUUCCCUUCUCAGUGAAUAUUUUGUUGAUUCAGUGUUAUGGGGAGAGAAACAAAAAUCAAAGUUCCUUGUUGAGAGCCAACCUUGGCUUUUGGAAAUUCCUGCUUCGUUAUACCCAUGAAUGGAAAGUUUGCCACUUUGGAAAUGGGCAACCGUCAAUGGACACGAGGGCGCCUCCCAGUCUUUGUUUGAUAGCUGCAGUGUCACGCCUACCUCUAGAGAGAGAGAGAGAGAGCGCGCACACGCACGCACGCGCGCGCACACACACACACGCGCACACACACACGCGCACACACACAAACGUCGAGCAGCUCUAAACUCCAAACACGACGGGACGCUCGCUCCGCAGUUUAUACAGCUUUUUGUGUUCCUACUGGAAUCGUCAAUGAGAAGAAAGCGGGUAGCCCUUUUAAAGAGCUCAGGCAAAAGUUGAGCGACCCGCUUCUCGCAGCCAUGCUAAGACCUGGAGGGAAGGUUUGCAUUUGUUUUAACUAGACUUAAGAUGAGCUCUUAGCUAGACAAGACUUUAGGUCGUUUCUUAUUGUUGACUAAGCACUAGGUGGAGUCGUCUUCCCUCGUCCCCUACAACUUAUCCGGCCAAAGUCAGUUCUCGCUUUAAAAGCACAAAUGAGGAGAAAGAAGAAAAAAACAAGACUGACUUUCUCAUGACAGCUGCUAAUAUGGUUUGAUCCAGGAAACUUGUUCAAACUAUUGCGAUUAACCUGUUGUCUUUUGAUUGGGAGCAUGUUUAAUGACUUCAUUGACUCGAUUUGUGUUUGGCUCUGGAGCUGGCUUGCAUUGUCAUUCCUUUAGCAAGUUUACAGUCAUGCAAAAACAACAACAACAACAACCUGGCUUGUGCAUACUGUAUAUUUCCAUUUGUUUUUGUUUUUCUACAAUAAAGGAACGACUACUGUUGA